CGAGGCGGCGGGCGACCCGGAGGCUCCCUGCGCGGUGGACGGCGGGCGCGGAGCGGGCGGUGGUGACAGGCGGCUUGAGCUGCAGCCCUCCCCGCGCGGCGCGCCGCUGCCACCAUGGAGCCCGCCGUGUCUCUGGCCGUGUGCGCGCUGCUCUUCCUGCUCUGGGUGCGCGUGAAGGGGCUGGAGUUCGUGCUCAUCCACCAGCGCUGGGUGUUCGUGUGCCUCUUCCUGCUGCCGCUCUCCCUCAUCUUCGACAUCUACUACUACGUGCGCGCCUGGGUGGUGUUCAAGCUCAGCAGCGCGCCGCGCCUGCACGAGCAGCGCGUGCAGGACAUCCAGAAGCAGGUACGGGAAUGGAAGGAGCAGGGCAGCAAGACCUUCAUGUGCACGGGCCGCCCCGGCUGGCUAACCGUCUCGCUGCGUGUGGGGAAGUACAAGAAGACACACAAAAAUAUCAUGAUCAACCUGAUGGACAUCCUGGAGGUGGACACCAAGAAACAGAUUGUCCGUGUGGAGCCCUUGGUGACCAUGGGUCAGGUGACUGCGCUGCUGAACUCCAUUGGCUGGACUCUGCCUGUGCUGCCUGAGCUCGACGACCUCACAGUGGGGGGCUUGAUCAUGGGCACGGGCAUCGAGUCGUCAUCCCACAAGUACGGCCUGUUCCAGCACAUUUGUACUGCCUACGAGUUGGUCCUGGCUGACGGCAGCUUCGUGCGGUGCACACCGUCCGAAAACUCAGACCUGUUCUAUGCCGUGCCGUGGUCCUGUGGGACCCUGGGCUUCCUGGUGGCCGCCGAGAUCCGCAUCAUCCCCGCCAAGAAGUAUGUCAAGCUGCGGUUUGAGCCAGUGCGAGGCAUGGAAGCCAUCUGUGAGAAAUUUACCCGCGAGUCCCAGCGGCCAGAGAACCACUUCGUGGAGGGCCUGCUCUACUCCCUGGAGGAGGCUGUCAUCAUGACAGGGGUCAUGACUGAUGAAGUAGAUCCCAGCAAGCUGAAUAGCAUUGGCAAUUACUACAAGCCAUGGUUCUUCAAGCAUGUGGAAAACUACCUGAAGACAAACCGAGAGGGCCUGGAGUACAUCCCCUUGAGGCACUACUACCACCGCCACACACGCAGCAUCUUCUGGGAGCUACAGGACAUCAUCCCCUUCGGCAACAACCCCGUCUUCCGCUACCUCUUCGGCUGGAUGGUGCCACCCAAGAUCUCCCUACUGAAGCUGACUCAGGGCGAGACCCUGCGCAAGCUCUACGAGCAGCACCAUGUGGUGCAAGACAUGCUGGUGCCCAUGAAGUGCCUGCCACAGGCACUGCAUACCUUCCACAAUGAUAUCCACGUCUAUCCCAUCUGGCUGUGCCCAUUCAUCCUGCCCAGCCAGCCAGGCAUGGUACACCCCAAGGGAGAUGAGGCCGAGCUCUACGUCGACAUCGGGGCAUAUGGGGAGCCACGUGUAAAACACUUCGAAGCCAGAUCCUGCAUGAGGCAGCUGGAGAAGUUUGUCCGGAGUGUGCAUGGGUUCCAGAUGCUCUACGCCGACUGCUACAUGAACCGGGAAGAAUUCUGGGAAAUGUUUGAUGGCUCCCUGUACCACAAGCUGCGGAAGCAGCUUGACUGCCAGGGCGCCUUCCCCGAGGUCUACGACAAGAUCUGCAAGGCCGCUAGGCACUGAGCCGUGGCCGCUGGCAUGGACAGACACAGAGACACGUGUGGGGGGCCACCGGCGUCAUCCCACAGCUCUGCCUUGGCUGCUUUCCCAGAUCCAUGUUCUCAGAAAGAAACCCCUCCAGAAGUCCCACCCAAACAAGGCCCCGAUGGCUUCCACCUGGCCUCCAGCCCAGGGCAGCCCGGGCAGGCAGAAAGAACUUGGGACUUGGCAAGUCCUGCAGACCCGAGUCUGGUUCCUAGUGUGUCUGCUCACUAGCUGUGUGACUCGGGUAGUGUGUCACUUGCCCCAUCUGAGCCCAGUCUCCAUUCGUGGAAAGGUAAUAAUACCUCCUUGCAGGCCAGCUCACUGGAGCACACACCUGCUGUGCUCAGUGCUGCCCCUGUAGGGUAGCUGUUAAUACUGCUUCCCUCUUGAAUACAGCAUUGCCUCUUGACACAGAUGCUGUGGCUUGAGCCCUUGAGAAAAGCUAGGCUCCCCCACUGCCAUGAGGCCACCUGCGCCCGAGUUGGGCUGGAAUAAUGAAGGCAGUGUCCUAAUGCUGCAGGGCCCUUGCCUGAGUCAGCCUCUGGGGAGCAGGAGGGCACCACGCGGGGUGGGCAGGCCCAACAUGUGCCGUGCCAAAGCCAGGUCUGAUCCCAAAGUUCUCUCUGCUCUCCUUGCCGGUGUCCUGCCCCUGCUCCUCCAAAUUCAGGCAUGUUCUUCCUUCCAGCCACCACUGAGUCCCCUCAGGCACUUCCUCCAGAGAGGACUUUCCAAGGUUGAAUCCCAACCCAGAACACCCAGAUGCAGUGGGGGCGGAUCCCUGCCAGGAACAGGACAGGGCACUUGGGAUCCUUGGUUUGCCAGCCCUCCGGGCCACUGCUUGUCCCCAGAACCGGCUAGCUGAGGAUGGACCCUGCAGCAGUGGGAAGGUGGAGUCCGCCCCCACGUCUCCGUGAGGACUUACACCAUGGGCCUGGAACAAAGUGUGGCCACAUGCGUUCUCCCAUCACGCAUCCCCUGAUUUUCUUUCUCUCCACCUGCCCCUCGCUGUAGUUAAUUUCAGUGCCUUACAAAUCCUAAGCUCAGAGAAAAGUUCAUUCCAAUUCCGUUCCAGAGGGAAUCUCCUUGGGCCCUUCCCCCACCCCGUGUUAGAAAGCUUGGUUGUUUAUGCAGCUCCAUCCCAAGAACUUCCCAGCCAUGGCUGAAAAUUUCCAAAUCCGAGAAGGCUUCUGGCACUGCCAGGGGUUGGGGAAGCUGGGAUUCAGGCAGCCAUGACCUCUGGGUUGCAGCUUCCUUGUCAAUUCCAUAAACAGACCAAACCUCCCCUGGGCCUCUCCAGCUGUCUCAGGCACCAUGGCUUAAACCCCCAUGGCAAGCUGGCGCUGAGAGUCAGGGAUGUAGCCUGGAUGACCAGGUGGACAUGUGGGAGCAUCACUCCUUCAGGGUCCUUCCUCUGGCCAGCUACCUUCCUCAUUUUCAGAAAGGCUCAUGGGAGAGCAGGUGCCAGAGCCCUCUUUGAGUCACACUUUGGCUAAAGGAUGCUCCCACUGUACCCCAGGCCUGGCACACUGCUGGGUAUGGUCCUGAGAGAGCUGACCCACUUGUGGCCCUCAGAAGAAAAAGACCCAACUUCCCCCAUUUGGCCUCUAGUUGGCAAUGUGUGUGAAAUGUGUCGACAGCCCUCAUAACGAGCCCACCCCACUCCCACCUUGUGCUUCCUUCUCGGUGCUAAACUUAUGAUUCUGCUUGCUGUGGAUGAAGGGUUAGCAUCAGCUAGGUGGGAUCCCAAUAGCUAAUGUGUCAUCAUCACUCUGCCAGUGGAUCCCCCAUCCCUAAGCCACCACCACUGUGGCCAGACAUGCUGGCAGCCUGUGUCGCCCUUAUUCCUGGAGCCCAAAUCCAGCUGUUUACAGAUUAUACCCAGAACCUGGACUUGGAAGGAAAGGUAUUUGGGAGUCACAGCAGCCUCAGGUUCAUGUGUUGCUCGAGGAAAGCCUCACCUGGCAAGAGAGGCCAGGUAUGGUGAGCAGCCAGUCCCUGGAUGGGGUUUAAGAUGGUGCCCGGGGAAGUUGGCCUCUCCCUGCAGAACCCUGUGUUUCUUGCCUGCAUGGAGAUUUUCUGUAAAGUCAGAAUGGUAGCCAGUUUCUCCAGCUGUAAGGUUGCAUCAUUGGCUGUUUGGGGAAGGGUGGGGUGGGUGUGGCAGCGUGUGGUGUGUGACUUCAUUUUUCUUUGGUCAGGGGAACCAAGGAGAAAGUCUUGAGUCUCUUCCCCAUCAGGCUCUUGCAGCUAAAGGCGCUGUGCUUAUUUAGCACCCAGGUCCCUUUGGCUGUUGGGCUGCUGCUUCUGUUACAAAUAAAAGUAUGGCCUGGAAA